ACAACAGAUACUAUAAACAUUAUUAUUCUAACUUAUUGUAUAGAAAUUAUGGGAAGAAAGCCUUGUUGUUCUAAAGAAGGAUUAAACAAAGGGGCAUGGACUCCUAUGGAGGAUAAAAUUCUAAUAGAUUAUAUCAAAGUAAAUGGUGAAGGGAAAUGGAGAAAUCUUCCCAAAAGAGCUGGUCUUAAAAGAUGUGGAAAGAGUUGCAGACUAAGGUGGCUGAAUUAUCUAAGGCCAGACAUUAAGAGGGGAAAUAUAACUCCAGAUGAAGAAGAUCUCAUUAUCAGACUUCAUAAACUUCUUGGAAAUAGAUGGUCUCUGAUAGCUGGAAGGUUACCAGAACGAACAGACAAUGAAAUCAAGAAUUAUUGGAACACAAACAUCGGCAAAAAACUACAACAAGGAGUUGCUCCUGGUCAGCCAAACCGCAUAAUAUCUUCCAUUAAUCGUCAGCGCCCUCGUUCUAGUCAUGCCAAAUCUUCCAAGUCCGACCCAGUUACCCAACCAAACAAAAAUAAUCAAGAACACACAGUUCCUAAUCAGGAUUCACAGUAUUUGCUAACAGACGUUGGAUUCGGAGGAUCAUCGUCUUCUUCAUCCCCGUGUUUGGUUAUCCGCACAAAGGCAAUUAGGUGCACUAAAGUUUUUAUUACUCCUCCUCCUACUAGUAGUUCGGUUGCUGAGCCACAGAAUGUUGAUCAGUCUCACAAUGAGAUUGCUCAAAGGGCUAGUAAUUCUCACUCAGUCUUCCCACCUUGCACCAGGAAUCCCGUUGAGUUCUUACGCUUUCAUGUUGACAACUCAAUUCUUGAUAAUGAUAACGAUGACAAGGUAAUGGCGGAGGAUUUGACAAUAGAAAAUGCAAAUACUAUUGUAGCAUCGUCCUCAUCAUCGUCAUCAUUAUCAGUGUCAUCUUUGUCCGAGCAGCAACAACCAAUAUCAGGAUCAACACCAACUUUCUCUGGAGAAUUGGAAAAUUAUAACUUUAAUUUUAUGUUUGGUUUUGAUAUGGACGAUCCUUUUCUUUCUGAGCUUCUAAAUGCACCUGAUAUAUGUGAAAACUUGGAGAAUACAACUACUGUUGGAGAUAGUUGCAGCAAAAACGAAAAGGAAAGGAGCUAUUUCCCUUCGAAUUAUAGUCAAACAACAUUGUUCGCAGAAGAUACGCAACACAACGAUUUGGAACUUUGGAUUAAUGGGUUCUCCUCUUGAUUAAUUGUUGAUUUGGCAUGCAUGAUCAUGAGAUGUUGAUGUUGAUGAUGAACUGGUUUCAACAUGACUCGUAAUUAUGCACUCAUGUUGUUUUUAGUGUCAGAUUUAGAAUUCAGAAUCAGCGAAUUCUGUAAUUUAUAUAUGUAUUUAUUGUUAUUUCUUUUCAUAUUUGUAUAAGAUGACCUAC